AUGUUUAGGUUACAAGGAAGAGAUCUCAUGAGAUUAAGCAGCAUCCAAAGCGUGAGAAGGUUCAGCCAGACAGCCGUAGCUGCGGCAGCAGACUAUUCUCACAUCAUAAUUGGUGGGGGCGUGGUAGGACUUGCAAUCGCUGCGGAAUUGAGUAAGGUACCUACGAAUAAUGUCUUACUGCUCGAUAAGAAUGAGCGGUUUGGAAUGGAGACAUCGAGCCAUAACAGUGAGGUAAUACAUGCAGGAAUUUACUACCCACCUAACUCACUAAAAUCACAACUUUGUGUCGAGGGAAAACACAUAAUCUACAAAGAGCUGACUCCUGCCAAGACAGGCGUUAGUUGGCUAAAUUGUGGUAAGUGGAUUGUAGCUCAGACAGACCAAGAGGAUGCAGUAAAUGAGACCUUGUUCCGCAGAUGCAGGGAAGAGCUGGAUAUCGAGGUUGAGAUGCUGUCUUCCCAAAAAGCAGCCAAACUGGAACCGUUUAUCAACGUACAGAGAUCGGCGCUGAGCUCGCCAAGCAGUGGUAUUAUAAAUUCUCAUUCGUUGAUUGAAUACCUGGCUGCAAUAAUUCAACAGAAUGGUGGCGACAUGGUACAUGGAUCGAAGGUAAUCGGCUUGGAGUAUUCGAAAAAUGGUGGCUACACAGUGACGUGCAAGGACAAUUACAGCGAUGAUACACAACCAGUAGAAAUUACUGCCGAGAACAUUGUGAACAGUGGUGGUUUAUACGCAGAUCAAAUAUGCAAUAUGCUCCUCCCGAAAGACCGCCACAAGCGGCUCUAUUUUGCCAAAGGUAAUUAUUAUAAACUGAACAAUGCAGGAUUUCCACCAGUAAAUAGGCUGAUAUACCCGGUCCCACCGCAGGAUGGCAAGUCGCUGGGGACUCAUUUGACAAUCGAUAUGGAUCGACAAAUCAUUUUUGGUCCCGACCUGGAGUAUGUGGAUUCUCGCACCGAUUACAAACCUAAUCCGCAAAACAUGCCAGCCGCUUUUGAAGCCAUCAGCCGCUAUUAUCCUCAUAUCGACGCCGCGGAUCUGGAAGUGAGUACUUGCGGGAUUCGGCCGAAGUUAUCUGGCCCAGACGUUAAAGUGUUCGAUGACUUCUAUAUCAAAGAAGAGGAGGAGUUUCCUGGUUUUGUGAACCUCCUUGGCAUCGAGUCCCCUGGCUUAACUGCAAGUGUUGCGAUUGGGAAAUAUGUGAUGAGGAUAUACCACGCUCAAGUUGGCUAA